CGAAUGAGCAGGAUACAAGAAUGGCGAGCUCUCAUAUUUGUUCUUGUGUUGGUAAUUUACGACCACGGUAUAAGCGAUUAGUCGAUAAUAUAUAUCCAGCUGACCCGCGUCAAGGCUUAGUUAAAGCAAACAUGGACAAGCUAAUAUUCUACGCUCUUUCUUCACCUGAAAAAUUGGAUAGAAUUGGUUCCUAUUUGGCCAAGAAAUUAAACAAUGACGUGGAACGUAGAAGGUUGGGGUUCGUUUUUAUUACCGUGGAAGCCCUUGAUCAGCUUUUGUUGGCUUGCCAUGCCCCUAAUUUAAACUUGUUCGUAGAAAGUUUUCUGAAAAUGGUGCAAAAACUUCUGGAAAGCCCCGAAGCCGAACUACAAGUUCUCGGCAGCACCUCCUUCGUAAAGUUUGCAAAUAUUGAGGAAGACACCCCAUCCUAUCAUCGACGCUAUGAUUUUUUCGUCUCUAAAUUUAGUUCAAUGUGCUGGUUUAGCUCUGGAAGUGAACGAGAUUGCUUCAGGAUUCGCUUAGCUGGGUUAAAGGGAUUACAAGGCGUUGUACGGAAAACUGUGUCUGAUGACCUCCAAGCCAACAUCAUGGAUGAAACUCAUAUGACUAAGAUUAUUCCGUCUUUGUUAUUCGUGAUGGAAGAGAGCAGUAAGGGCAAAAGUUCAAGUGAUCAACAGUUUCAAGUCUCCACCACUGAAGAGGAUCCAGCUUCUUUAGCAGAAUCAUGCCUCAGAGAAUUGAUAAACCGAGCAAGCUAUGGAAAUAUUAAAUCAAUUGUUAAUCCAGUGUUAACUCACUUUGACAAGAGCGAACUUUGGGUACCCAAUGACUUUGCACUCAAAGUUUUCAAGAUCAUUUUGUACUCAGUACAAAAUCAGUUUAACUACAUUGUCAUCGAGAACCUUCUGUCUCAUUUAGAUAAUCACAUUAGAGACAAGGCAAAAGUGAAAGCCAGUAUUGUGCAAGUCUUAGCAGCUUGUGUUAAAAUUGCGAGUAACAGUUCCAUAGGUCCAGCAGUGUUGGAGGUUUUCAACACCCUUCUUCGUCACCUUCGGUCUUCUGUCGACUCUCACACUGAUGACAAUGAUGAUGAGAGAGAAUUUGAAGAGUCUUUGGUCAGUACUGUUGGUGCCUUUGCUGCAGUCCUGCCUGACUUUCAGAAAACUGACAUAAUGAUGUUUAUAAUGGGUAAAUUUCCCUUGCCAGAUAGAAGACGUGAAAGUAAGCAGUAUGCCAAAAGAGAAAAUCAUGCCAACAUGGUGGGGGGCAAUAGUGCUCUACAGAAAAUGCUUCUCCAAUGUCUUCUUAGUGUUGCACAGAGCUUCAACUCCAUCUCCCUGACAACCACUUUUUCUCCAACAUUUCUUGAAUCUCUACUUCAAGCAACCAUUGUUGAAGACCCAACUGUGAGAAGACUUGCUCAUGAGAUUCUUUACACACUGAUUGAUCGUCAUGAAAACAUUCACAAGCUUGGUGUAAACGGAAUCUUAAAAAGAAGCAAGAAAAUUGACUUAACCACUGAACAGUGCUCAAAACAGGACCUCCUUUUCUUCAGAAAGAACAAGGAUGAAAUACUAUGGUAUUUGUUUGAAAGUGCUUGCAUGCUUUCAAAUUCAGUGGAAAAUCUUCUAGCUAUCUACCUAACCAUGGCCGUUAUAACUAUAGAGGUUGGAAGUGACCUUGAACUUAUUUCCAGUGUGGUACAGAUGACAUUUGGAUUACAGAAAGUUGCAUUGGAUGAUGAUUUGGUGUUACCAAGUAUGGUUCGUUGUGCACUUCAUGCACUUGUAGCAGGGUAUCUCUGUGUGGUUGCUCAGUUGACUGGAAAUCAGGUCCUUAAAGACUAUGUUUCUCUUAUCACCCAUCUGAGAGAAAAGGAAGCUGAUUUUCUGACCCCAGAAAGAGCUUUGAAACCUGCUGCCAAUUCUCUUAUGAUUUCAGCCAACAGCUUUCCUAAACAUCUCCUAUUUGAUAUUUCAAACAUCACUGAGGCUUUCCCUUUGAUGGCAGAUGAUGGUAGAUUACUGAAGACACCAUACAAACACCAACCCCUAAAAGGGGUUUUGAAUGAUCAUUUUGAGAGUGAAUCAGAGGUGUCCAAUAUCAACAGUGAACUUGACUCAAACCUUCCCGGAGUUCAACCUUUAACACCAAAGGAAAGGAUAACAUUUCAAAUGCUAAAAGAUGUUGUGUCAGAAAAAUCAUCACGAGCUCUAAAGGAGAGAGGUAAAGAUGCCAAUUAUUUAGCUUCAAGUUUUAACAAAAUUGCAGAUGAUGCAAGUGCCAGAACACUAGAAUUUAAUUCUAAAGUACUAACUGUGCUGGAUUCACUUAGCACCCCUCUUCAAAGUAGGGCUCUUAGUAUAUCAACACAAAGCCUGUCUUCAAAUCCUGUAGAAGAAAGCUAUAUUAUGAAGUUUUCUGGACAGUAUGUUUAUUAAUGAAAUACUAUGAUAUCAAAAAAAUUAUUAACUUUUUUGUUUAAUUAAAAGAUCCAUACAGUAAUCUCUGACUAGCGUCUAUGACUAAAAUGAUUUUUCAUAACCAGUGAAUUCCCAAAUAAGAUAAAAAUUGGAAUUGAAAGUGAUUUGAACUUUAUGAGUAUUUAAUGAAGGAAUCUGUAUUAAGGUUUUCCUUUUUUGUAAAGGAUUUAUUAGGAUGACUAAAUUUACAGGGUUAUCUUG